GUAGGAGUGUCUCAGUCUUCUCUGCUUUAAGAUCCUCCCAGCUCUUGUCUCUUCUCAGUUUCUCUCUCAUGGUCAGAGAGUCAGUUCAGCGCGAGCCGGAGCUCAGCAGACGCGCGUCAUGCGUGUGUAAGAGCAGAGUGUGUGUGAGAGCUGAGAGUGUGUGUGAGAGCUGAGUGAACGCUUGAUGCUCUGACACUGGAAGCACAAUGACUCUUCUGGGCUCUGAACACUCCGUUCUGAUUCGCAGCAAGUUUAAAUCAGUUCUACAGCUGAGACUCCAGCAGAGGAGAACACGCGAGCAGCUCGAGGACCAGGGCAUCAUGCCUCCCCUGAAGAGUCCGGCUUCGUUCCACGAACAGAGGAAAAGUCUGGAGCGAUCCAAGACUGGAGAUUACUUAAAACACAAAAUCAGAAGCAGACCAGAGAAAUCCGAGCUCGUCAGCAUGCAUAUUCUACAAGAUACAGUGUGUAAAGACUCUCAGAACACACUGAAGAGAGCCCGGUUUGCUGAUGACCUGAAGGAGAAGAUCUCUCUCAGACCCGGUCCACUGGAGCUGGUGGAGAAGAACAUCAUCUCUGUUCAUUCCACACUUAAACAAGCCGUCAUCACGGGCUCCCAUGGGAAGCUCCAGAGGCCCGAGGACUCGUAUGUGUUUGAGGAGGAGAGCAGCAGCGAGAGUCUUUCUCCAGAGUCGCCAUCAGAGAACAAGAGCUCGCAAACACACACCAGCGCUGAACACCUUGUGUAUAUUACAGAUACAGUGUGUAAAGACUCUCAGAACACACUGAAGAGAGCCCGGUUUGCUGAUGACCUGAAGGAGAAGAUCUCUCUCAGACCCGGUCCACUGGAGCUGGUGGAGAAGAACAUCAUCUCUGUUCAUUCCACACUUAAACAAGCCGUCAUCACGGGCUCCCAUGGGAAGCUCCAGAGGCCCGAGGACUCGUAUGUGUUUGAGGAGGAGAGCAGCAGCGAGAGUCUUUCUCCAGAGUCGCCAUCAGAGAACAAGAGCUCGCCAACACACACCAGCGCUGAACACGGUCCUCAGAGCAACGAUGGCAGCGCUCAAACCCCAGAGGACAACAUGAGCGACGGCCAGGGAACAACACCCAUCCCAGUUCAAGCCAUGGUCAAGUCCAAAGUGUCUGAGAAGAACCGCCACAAGAAACCCAAAGACAUCAAGCCGAAAGUGAAGAAGCUGAAGUACCACCAGUACAUCCCACCGGACCAGAAGGCCGAGCGUUCUCCUCCGGCUCAGAUGGACUCGGCGUAUGCUCGUCUUCUUCAACAACAGCAGAUCUUCCUACAACUGCAGAUCCUCAGCCAGCAGAAACACACACACUCGCAGACACACUCGCAGACCAGCUUCAGCUACCAGAUCAACCAGCACAAGUCGUCCGGUGAGCAGCAGGCCUCAUGUGCUUCAGCAGGCAGUAGCAGCAGCUCGUCGUCUCCAGUGAAGAGUAACUACUGCAGUCCGUCCUCCAUCAACUCCAUCAGUCCCGCGCCGCUGCCCAACAACCUGGACGACCUGAAGGUGUCCGAACUUCGACAGCAACUGCGCAUACGAGGCCUCCCCGUCUCCGGCACCAAAACGUCUCUCAUCGAGCGCCUGCGUCCCUUUAAAGACUCCAGCUGUGCUUCUCCAUCAGGCUCCGGCGACGUCAGCACCGGCCCGUUCCCCGCGACUCCCGGCGGAUCCUCCUAUCAGUCCCCGGCGUCCCACGGGCCCGGCUUCUACCCGUUCUGCAGCAGCGGCUCCUCGCCCCCCAUCUCCCCGGCCUCCUCGGACCUCUCGCUGCCCGACAGCUUCAGCGACGGCACGUUGUCGUCUCCACACCUCGGCCCGGACGCGGAGAAGGACAAGAUGCUGGUGGAGAAGCAGAAGGUGAUCGAGGAGCUGCGCUGGAAGCUCCAGCAGGAGCAGAGGCAGGUGGAGGAGCUGCGCUUUGAGCUCCACAAGAGGAGCCGCGAGUGUCCCGUGAUCAUGGAGCCUCCGGUUCAGGUUCCGCAGGGCUACGGCGUGUCGGUCAAGCAGGAGCACGUGUCCUCCAGCUGCCCGCUGUCCUCCGAGCAGGGGACCGGAGUGUGUGUGGGUCACUGCGACCCGGGUCUCUCCGCCUUCAUGAGUCCUCAGUGUUCUCCUCAGGAGUCUCCCGUUACUAAACCCUCCGCCAGUCCUCAGCCCGAGUCGCCUGUCCAACCGUUCCUGCUGAGAGACUCGCACAGACCCGCUCGCAGCAUGCAGGCUGAUCUGAGGUCUGUCUCCUGGACUCUCGCGGAGCGCCGCGUCUCGUGUGCCGGAGCCGAUGAUCGUCACGGCCUUCGCUUCUGA